AUGAAGUCGUUCUCCCACUCCAGGGCGGUGGACUCCUCGGACGUGGGUUUAGAUCCGGGUCUGAGCGCGGCUCUCAGGAUGUCCUCCUCCGUCCGCGAGCGCUCCCACGGCGGCAGAGAGCGGUUUAUCCCUGGAAAAACACAAACGGAUCAGCGGGAAUCGGGAAAACAACAACCACCUCAUCCCACCUCGCGCACUUUUGUCUCUGAACGCUCCGAAACCGACCAGGUACACACGUCCCUCAACACACACGUGUCCCUCAACACACACGUGUCCCUCAACACACACGUGUGUGUCCUCAACACACACGUGUCCCUCAACACACAGGACAAGGUACACACGUGUCCCUCAACACACACGUGUCCCUCAACACAACACGUGUCCCUCAACACACACGUGUCCCUCAACACACAGGACCAGGACCUGCUGCUGGACGCUCUGGGCGAGAAGGUCUCCCUGGUCCAUCAGAGCUGCGUGGACGACCGGGUCUCCACCUUCUCCACCUUAGAGAAGCUCACACAGAUCGAGGCCACGCUCAGCGAACUCCUCCAGAACCUCGAGUCCAUCCCACAGGAGAGUCUGGACCUGAUGAGGAGAGUGAAGGAGAGCGAGAAGAGAGCCAGGCAGCGUGAGGAGAAGUUGAGGGAGCAGCAGGAGAAGCAGAGGGAGCGGAUGAGGAGGUACCUGGAGCGCUCCAUGUCCGAGCCAAAGAAAGUCCUGAAGAAAAAGCCGAUGCCGAAGUUCGUCCGUGCGGUUCCAAAAGCUCCGGAGUCUAAAGUCGAGGAAACUGCAGCAGAAGAAGAAAUCCAGAGAUACCUGUUCCCCUCUGACGACUCGGACUAAACCAGGACUAAACCAGGACUAAACCAGGACG